UUCUUUGCACGUGAUUUAAAGUAUGGAUGACACGCCUGCUCCUCAGACUGUUGAUAGAAGGCAGAUUGCGCGUGAUUUCAAGGCGAAGGUGAACAAUUUGAUAGACGAUGAACGUGACAGAGCGAUUGUAUUUGAAGUGCUCAAAGACUAUCAAACGACGCUUGCUGUUGACACGCUCGUCAAGUCGUUGAGAGAGAUUCUGUGCAUGCCCAAACGGUUGGAGCUAUUCAAGCAUAUUAGAGCUUUGCUGCCACCUAAACAUCACAAGCUUUAUGAUGAUUUGUGUCCUGUUGUUCCGAGUGGUGAUAUUCGAACGGUCAAACUUCAUCGCGUUGGUGACAAACCUCUCGGCUUUACAAUUCGCGGCGGACGAGAAUACAACACGGGCGUCUUUAUCUCAUCAGUUACUCCAAACUCCAAAGCGACUAAAGCCAACAUGAAAGUUGGAGAUUGUGUGGUUCGCAUCAAUGGUUACAACAUAUCUGAGUUGACACACAACGAAGUUGUGCAAUUUUUGAAAACGAAGAAAUCACUUGCUCUAAAACUGAAAUCGGAAGGCUUAUUGCCAGAAAAGAAGUCUUCACAAGACCCAAUAGAGUGGACAGUAGUCGAAAAGGAAGAAGUUCCGGUUGAGAAGAGAACUCGAUCAGAGUCUGUUGUUGCAGAACUCGGAUCACGAGAUCCAACAGCUGUAAAUGAGAGUGAAAAGAGAAUUGUUGUACACAAUAUGGAGAAUACUCCACUGGGUUGCACAAUUCGAGGUGGCAUUGAACACGACAUGGGAAUAUUUGUAGCUGACGUGAAUGAGGACUCAAUGGCUGAUGCAGUUGGACUGCAAUCUGGCGAUCAAAUACUUUCUGUAAAUGGCAUCAGUUUUCUAAACAUAUCUCACGCAGAAGCAAUCAAGGUCAUAAGGUCCAGCUCAUCAUUGAUUUUCAAUGUGAAAUCUGCAAACGUCAACACGUUUGUGAAGCCUUUAGAACCUCUUGAGCCAGAAAUUUCCAAUCCCAACAUCACGUUUAAAGCAGUAAGCGUCACUGACGACACUGAAAUUCCACCAUCACCAACAAUUGAGACAAAACCUGCAGCUCAAGUGCCGACUGUCUUCAAAGCAGCACCAGGACUAGCUCCAGCAUCAGUAUUUGUUGCUGAUGGGUUACCUGACACAAGAGGCAUGCGGAUUGUUGACGUGAGCGUGCGUGACAGUUUCUACUCGAUUGGUCUAGACGAUGAAAGCAGACAGCAAAGUCGAAGAACAUCAGAAGAUAACGUUCACUCAACAACAGUCGCUCCUUGGCCUACUGCCACUCCUGGUGCUGCUCUCUUUCCUGUUGCUGUACCAACAGAAAUUCCUGUCCCUGCUCCUCAGCUUCAACAGUUAGAAAACACAGGUGAGAUGGAUGGCAUAGAACAAAUUCUUGAGCCACCAGAUUUUCCAUUGGAAGAAGAGCCGGCGACUUCAGAAAACCAAAAGGAAAUUCAAAUUGUCAGUCCAAAAUCAAGUGGAGGGCAGGACACUGAAACGAAACAGUCUGGUGUGUUUGAAGUCAAACCUGAUAUAGUAGGAAACGAUUUGAAUAAGUUAGCACGUCAGAUUGGUGAUGAUGUCAUUCAAGGAGGACAAUUGAAAAAAGUGACAGUGAAGAAGGAUGGUCCACUUGGUAUCAGCAUUCAAGGAGGAAUGGACACUCGACAUGGUGGUUGUAUUCACAUCAAAUCCAUUGACAGCAGCGGAGCAAUUGCAAGACAAGGAUGUCUGCAUGUUGGAGAUAAAGUGUUAUUGGUUGAAAACAAGUCAAUGGUUGCCGUCACUCACAGUGAGGCUGUUGGAAUCCUCAAGAAAGCUGUGGAAAUGGAUAAAGACACAAUCAACAUGAUAGUUGCCAUGGAAACAGCAGACAAGAAAAACUAAAAUGACUAUUUGAGUUAAUUAAUUAAUUAAUUAAUACACAAAUGUUGUUAUUUGUAUCUUGGGAAUAUUGACCAUUAGGGGUGGCUGUCAAUGAUCCCACGCGUAUGA